AUGGCCCCCAAUUGGCAUUCUCUCAUCGCGAGAGCAGCGUUUGAGUUACCAGUCGAGGGCGAUGACUCUCGGGUUGGUUCUACGCGAGAGGGUUCCAGUGGCGGUACUCUCAGCUCCGACAAUGGUUCAAAAUCGGCAUCGCUUCAAUCUCUUGGUGGAACAUUUAUUCCUGUCGUCAUUUACUGCGUGGUUUGCAUCUUGUUCUUUUCGUUUUUUCGCGUGAAAUGCCAUCGUGUCUACUCGCCUCGGUCGAUACCCAGCUUGCGUUCCCCUCACACGCCCAUACCGCCACUUCCCAAUGGCUGGUUCAACUGGAUCAAGCCAUUCUUCAAAACACCAGAUACUUUUGUGCUUAAUCAUGGCUCUCUCGACGGCUUCUUCUUUUUGCGGUACCUCAAGGUCUUGCGAAACACGUUCCUUGUCGGCAUGUUGAUUGCUUGGCCAAUUCUCUUUCCUGUCCACAUUACGGGAGGCAAGAAGCUCACCCAAUUGGACAUGUUGACAAUUGGUAUGAUUGAGAACAAAAAGCGCAUGUUUGCCCAUGUUGUUGUUGCCUACUUGUUCUUUGGCUUUAUUCUCUUCACCGUCAUUCGAGAGUGCUUCUACUAUGUCGGUAUUCGUCAAGCUUAUCUCUCGUCUCCUCACUAUGCCAAGCGGCUAUCAUCCAGGACAGUACUCCUCACUUCUAUCCCUGAGCGAUACCUCGACGAAGCUCGGUUGCGGAAACUCUAUGGCGACUCUGUAAAGCGAGUCUGGAUCCCACGCACCGCCAAGGCUCUCGUCAAACUGGUGGAGGAACGAGAACAAACCGCAAUGCGCCUGGAACAGGCAGAGAUUGCACUCAUCAAAAAGGCAAACAUGGCUCGAAAAAAGCAAAUCGGCAAGAAUCCACCAUCAACUACAUCCUCUACCGAACCAUACGCUGGACCAUCUUCUGGAGAUUCGAGUUCUUCGUGGAGGACUGAAACCAGCAGCGAGGAGCCCCGAAUGAGCUCCCCGCGACGUGUCGAGACAUCAGACACUCAUGUACAAGAGAGCGAGCAGGGAGGAAUUCGGGAGCGUAAGCUUACGCCUGAGGUAGCCGAAAGAACUCGAACCAGCAACGCCCAUGAUAUUCUCGAAAAGUCCGCAGAAGACCCCGAAUACGUCCAUCCCUACGGCCUUAACCCAGAUCUCCCCGAUGUACGAGGAUCCGUCGCCGCUCAAUGGCUCUCCGUGACAGCCAGGCCCCACCACCGUCCACUGCACAAUUUCUUUCGGCGAGUGGACACUAUUCGAUGGUGUCGCAUGAAACUGAAGGAAUUGAACCUCGAGAUCUUCAAGCUCAGGCGCCAGGUUCGCCGUGGUGAUGGACAGACACUCCCUGCUGCGUUCAUCGAGUUCGACACACAGGAAGCUGCUCAAGCUGCUCACCAAGUCGUUGCUCAUCAUCGUCCUCUUCAGCUCGCUCCUCGUCUUUUGGGUGUUCGACCAAAUGAGGUGGUCUGGAGUGCCCUCCGCAUGCGCUGGUGGGAGCGCAUCAUUCGGCGUUUGCUUAUCAUGGGCCUCAUCGCUGUCGCAAUUAUCUUUUGGUCCAUUCCAUCUGCCAUGAUCGGCAUCGUGUCCAACAUCAAGUUCUUGAGUAGCAUCGUAUUUCUCAAAUGGAUCAAUCUAUUGCCCAGUCCUAUCCUUGGCUUCCUCCAAGGUUUCAUCCCUGCCAUCGCUCUGUCGUUCUGGAUGUCGCUUGUCCCGGCAAUGCUCCGAUUCUGUGGCGUCCAAGCAGGGAUUCCCUCUUUGGUACUGGUCGAAUUGUUCACCCAAAAGGUCUACUUUGCUUUCCAAGUGGUACAAGUCUUUUUGAUCACGACAUUGACAUCGGCCGCUUCUGCCACGACAAUGCAAAUUAUUCAGCAACCAAUGUCGACACCCAGUCUCCUCGCCACAAACCUUCCCAAGGCGUCAAACUUCUACCUUUCGUACAUUCUUGUCCAGUGUCUGGCCAUUGGAGCUACCGGUCUCCUACACAUCUUCGAGCUAAUCAGACAUCACGCAUUUGGUAGAGUGGUACAGAAUCCCAGGACUCGCUUCAAUGUUUGGUACAACCUUCGCCCUCCUCGCUGGGGUGGCGUCUUUCCCAUCUACACAAACAUGGCGUGCAUUGCCUUCUCUUACACAGUUAUCGCUCCGUUGAUCCUCGUCUUCGCAUGCGCCGGAAUGGCCUUUACGCGCCUCAUCUACCGAUACAACAUUCUUUACGUCUUCGACUCGGAAAUGGAUAGCAUGGGCUUGUUUUAUCCCACCGCCCUCAUGCAGCUCAUCACAGGACUUUACUUGGCCGAAAUAUGCAUGAUUGGUCUCUUUGCCAUAAAUCUCGCCUUCCCGCCCAUGGUGUUGAUGCUCAUCUUCUUGAUCUUUACUGUCAUCGUGCACAUGUCCUUGAGAGACUCGAUAUCGCCUCUGCUGCAGAAUCUCCCGCAAACAUUGGCAUUGGAGGAAGAAAUACAGGAGCAGGAGAGAGCUGAAGCGGAAGCAAAGCUUCAAGCGGCCGCGGAGUCGGGAGAUGCUAAUGGGGGAACUGCUGCUAGUUACUUCGAUACGGAGCAGAACUUUGGAGAAGAGGAAUUCGAGGACGCGCCGACAGAUGACGAAGACGAUCAACUACACGAGGGACCACAGAGCUCGAGGGCCGUCGAGGGCGCAGGUGGUCUGAGGUUGAUGGCCACUGAAUGGAUAAAGUCAAGCACCAAGGAGCAAUUGAUGAAGGAGGUGCAAGAGUCGGGAGUUAAGAAGUUCUUGGACAAAUGGAUUCUCCCCGCCGAGAGGUCGAACCCGGAUCAACCACCGUCUUUCAUCCAGCGAUUCUUCCACCCUGAGAUCUACGAAGACUUCAUCGCUUUGCGAAAACUAAUUCCCUUCGAAGAACUCCCCGACGCAGACAACUCUGGGGACGAGAAGCUAUCUAACUACUGGCCUCCUGAGCUUUGGAUGCAAAAGCCCGUCUUGUGGAUUCCUCGCGACGAAGGCCGCGUCAGUCGACAAGAAGUUGCGCACACGAGAAGGAUCACGCCGAUCACGGAUGUUGGAGCAUCACUGGACGAGAAGGGUUUGGUCGUCGUUGAUGUUGAGGCUGCGCCGUUUCCUAGGAUGAGACUGGUGCACUGA